GGAUGGGCUCUGGACCCCAAAGCCCAGCCCAGCCCAGCCCAAGUGUCGGCUUGCACGGGAAGGAGGAAGGAAGCCAGCUGCCAGCAGCAGCAGCAGCAGCAGCAGCAGCGACGGAAAUCCAUUUUGAACUCCAGCCCGCCGCUCCUCCCCGUCCCAGCCCCAGCCCCAGCAGCCACCACCAUCCCACCACCGGAACCAUGGCGGACGCGGAGGCCUCCUUCGAUCUGCGCCGGAGGAUGCAGGACCAACGCGCCGCCAUCCAGCGCCGGAUUGCCCACGCACGGGACCGCGCCGCCGCAACCGCCGACGCCUUCAGCGCCGCCCUCCUCUCCGCGCGCUCCAUCGCCAACCAAACCGUCUCCAACCGAGCGCAACUCAAUGAACUAAAACAACAGCUCCGGAAAUUAGAAGCAGAUCUUGCACAAGCCCUCUCCGUCCAAACAAGCAAAAGGUCAAAACACAAGCUCAUGGGCGACUCAAUUUUGAACACCACGGCAACGAAUGAACAGCUCAGGAGCUUGGUCAUGGAUCAGAGGGCUAGAAGAGAUGAAUAUGUCAAUGCCAUAUCAAACCAACUCCAAGCUAUUGAAUCCCUUGAAGCUGAGAGUGAUGCAAAAGGGGAUAAGAACCUAGAGAAAGCUAUCAUGUGGUACAACAAGUUUCUUGGUUUUCAAGUUGUUGGAGGAGAAGGGGUGAGAUUUGUGUUCAACAAAAUCGACGUGCAAAGUCCUGACAAGGAGUAUUCUUUUUGCAUAAAGCUUAUUGAAGAAAGAUACAUCUUAGUCCAGUGUGUUCCCUCUGUGGAUGGCUCCGAAGAACUUGUGAAGGAUCUUAACUGCAACAAUGAUCUGUACAAAUUUGUGAGGACCGUGAGAGAGAGGUUCCAGAUCGCUACAAUCAGUGGAAAUCUUCCGGCAAUCUCCUUUUGCCCUCACAUGUCAUCCAUAACAUCUUCAUCACUCUCAGCCUUAUCGCUUGAUUCCGGAAGUGAAAAUAAUACCAAGCAAAGGCAUACUCGAAGUCGGUCAAAGAAUCAGGAAAUUGCUACUAAGGACGGACUAGCAUCCCGAUCAGCAGCUUACCCCGGUUCCAUGGUAUGCGUGCUCCCCGCGAAUAAUUGAACGCUCUAAAGUUGCCGUCAGACAGCUGGCUCCGGUGUAGCAAAUUCAUCUGCGGCUGGGCAAACUUACUAGCAGGCAGCGGAAUGUA